AUGGUUUUCGCCAUUCAAGUGGUCAAUGAGAAUCCCCAGCUCCUGCCUAAUCUCACACUUGGCUACAACAUGCAUGACAACUAUGUCAGCACUCUUGCUACUUCAGAAGCCGUGCUGGACAUCCUCUCUAGUGGAGAAGCCAAUGUUCCCAACUACAGCUGUGGAAGGAAAGAAAACCUUUUGGCUCUUCUUGAUGCAGCUAAGAGGGAAACCUCCAUUCAGAUGUCAAGAUUAGUAGGCAUCUACAAAGUCCCACAGUUAAUAUUUGAAGGUCUUCCAGGACCCAUUGAAGGGAAAGUCUGGAUUGUGGAAAGCAUUGAGUAUUUGGUAUUAGGACGGGCAAGUCUUUACAAAUAUGUCCAUAGCAUCUGGAGCUUUGCCUUUCAGGAAAAGAAAAGACCAGAAGAUGAUCCUUUUGGAACCAAACUCUUUGUGAAAUUGGAAAAUCGAUCUAGGAGGAGAAGCAAGAAUGGCAAAGAGAAGCUGGAGGCUCAAAGUCUGAAGCCAUGGCAGUUCCAUCCAUUUCUGGAAAAGAAUGAGUUUUGCAAUAUUUCCCAUAGGAAAUUGUAUUUGGAUCAAAAUGGAGAUGUAGCAGCAGAUCUGAACAUCAUAAGCUGGGUGCUUCUUCCCAGGUGGGAUCCUAUGGCCAAACAAAUGGGGAGCUUUGAAAGGCAGAAAUGUAUUAUCAACAAAGAUAUUCUGUCAUGGCUAAAGUUGCACAACAAGACUCUGCCUCAGUCCAAAUGUGUGGAAAAUUGUCAUCCUGGAUUUGUCAAGCGGAAGCGAGAAGGAGAGUCAGUUUGCUGCUAUGACUGUGUUCCUUGUCUGGAAGGGACCAUCUCCACUCAGGAAGAUACGGAAAAAUGCACCAAAUGUUCAGAUAACAAAUAUCCAAAUGAGGGCAGAGUUCAAUGUAUCCCCAAAGCUAUAUCCUUCCUGUCUUAUGAAGAACAUUUGGGCAUCCUCCUGGUCUUUUUUGCCCUAUUGCUGUUCCUAACCACAGGAUUUGUGUUAAACAUCUUCCUUCAAUACCAAGCAACUCCCAUUGUCAAAGCCAACAACCAGGACCUCUCUUACAUCCUCCUGGUCUCCCUCCUGCUUUGCUUCUUGUCUCCUUUUCUCUUCAUUGGUCAACCAAGGAAAGCCACCUGCCUUCUCCAACAAAUGAUUUUCAGCAUCACCUUCUCAGUUGCCAUUUCUUCCCUCCUGGCCAAAACCAUCACAGUGGUGCUGGCUUUCCUGGCCACAAAACCAGGAAAACAGGUAAAGAGAUGGUUGGGGAAGAGUUUGGCCAACUCCAUCAUCCUUUCUUGUUCUGCUGUACAAGUUAUCAUCUGUUCCAUCUGGCUUGGAGUUUCUCCCCCAUUCCCUGAUACUGACCUCCAUUCCCAGCCUGGAGUUAUCAAUUUGCAAUGCAAUGAAGGCUCUGUUGUCAUGUUCUACAUCACCCUCAGCUACCUGGGCUUCCUGGCUGCCAUCUGCUUCGUGGUGGCUUUCCUAGCCAGAAAUCUCCCUGGGGCCUUCAAUGAAGCCAAACUGAUCACCUUCAGCAUGCUGGUCUUCUGCAGUGUCUGGAUGAGUUUUGUGCCCACCUAUCUGAGCACCAAAGGAAAAUACAUGGUGGCUGUGCAAGUCUUCUCCAUCUUGGCCUCCAAUGCUGGGCUGCUGGGUUGCAUCUACAUCCCCAAGUGUUACAUAAUCAUUCUGAGGCCAGACCUGAAUACAAGGGAGCAACUUACAACAAGAAGAAAUAAAUAA